GGCACGGCGCAUGCGCGGGGUUUCGCUUCGCGCUGCCGCUGCAGCGGCGUGGGGAGAGCUCGGAGGGGCGGCGGCGCCGGCCGGGCCGGGACGGGGGCCGGCGGAGCUCUGCGGUCAGGGGCCGGCGCUAUGGCUCCCGUGCUGAACCUCAACAACGAGGUUGUGAAGAUGAGAAAAGAUGUGAAGAAGGCCAGAGUCCUGACUAUUCGCAGACUAACCAGACACAUCGGGAAAUUAAAGUUGAAAAAGGGUCCAGAAGACUUGAAAUUAAAGAACCAAAAACGAGUUGAGAGAUUAAUAGAAGAAAUACAUGCCAUGAAGGAAAUAAAGCCAGAUGAAGUUACCAGACUUGCUCUUAGGACAGAAGUUAAUUUUGAAAGUGUCUGCAGAAAGCCAAAUUGUACUGCAACUGAGCGAGCCAUUGCAAGACUUGCAACACACCCCAUCUUGAAACCCAGAUUUGUUGAGCUUAAAGCUGCUGUAAAAGCUUUUAAGGAUGAAAGAAAGGACACAGCCAAAGCCACUCCUUCAAAAAAGGCUAAGUCAGAAGAACAGCCUAAAUCAGCACAAGAUUUCAAUAGCAAUUUGGAUGACCAAGCUCUUAAACUAGCUCAAAACCAUCAAGGACACAAACCAAAAAUGAGUAUGAAAAGAGAAACUGACAGGGUGGCUGAAGAACUUCAUGAGAGUGAAGCUGAGCAGAAAACUGUGGAAAUGGAGAGUUAUGCUCCGGAAGAAUCUUCAUUUCAGGCAGUAGAAAUGCAAGCAGUCACUCAGAAUAAAACAGAAAAGAAAACUGGCUAUCAAAAAAGCAAAGAAAAUAUAAGCAUGAACAAAUUAAGCACCUUAAAAAAAAAAAUUAGUCAUGGUAGUGGUCAGGAACAUCCUAAUGAGGAAGAAUACUUUGAUGAUAGUACUGAAGAGAGGUUUUAUAACCAGUCAUCGGAUUCUGACAGUAACAGCAGUGAUGAUUUCUUCAUUGGCAAAGUAAAAAGAAAGAAAAAGAUAGCAGCCGAUACUGGUCUUUCUUCAGCAAAAGAAAAGGAUAGACUUCAGGAAAACAUAGUGAAGAAAGGAAAGAACACAGUGCCUGGGACAGCGCAAGGUUUGAUCAUGGAAGAAGGAAAGCCACAUGCAAAAGCAAGCAAGCUCGAAUCAAUGUUCUGCAGUUCUUUGUCUACCUCUGAUCAGAAAUCUCAACACAGAAGAAGAAAUACUAAAGACCAGCCUCUCAAAAAUGGAAGAACAGCUCUUCUUAAAAAGGAACAACAGCUCAAGAAGCAACCAUUUGCAAAAGCUGCAGAUAUUAAAUGUGACAAUAAGAAAGCACGUUUGGAGCAGCCUCUUCAUCCGUCAUGGGAAGCAAGCAAGAGACGCCGGGAGCAAAUGUCUCAAAUUACAGCAUUCCAAGGAAAAAAGAUUAAAUUUGAUGACUAGACUAUAUGUAAAUUCAGAUUUUUAAAAAAAAGUAUCUUGCAGAUUUGCAUCCUGUGGUAUUUUCUUAGGAAGUAACAACUGCUGUUUGAACAUUUUUGUUGUACUGUCCUUAUCCUUUGCAACAUAUAAAAUAGCAACUGCUAGAACUUAACCAUCUGUUAAUAAUGCAGAUUGCUUCGUUUAUUCAGUGUGCUGUCUGUUGAUUAGUGGAUGGUCAUAUGGUGUUGGUUCAUAUGUUUCAUUACAUAGUGCCGCCAUUUAUGAAAUACACCCUAAUGUGCAUGAAUGUUUUUUAGGAACAUCAGUUGUGCACUAUAGGAAUAGUACAGAUUUUCUUGGUGUAAAAAUGUGCUUCAAACUGUAUGAGGACUUGGUUGUCAAAAGAGAGGGGGAUAUACAAAAUAUUGAGGUGAUAAUCCUAGGACUAUAUUUUCAGAUACAUCUCAACUGAGAAAAAUUAAGAGAUUCUUAAACUUGAACAGACUUCACAAAUUCACAAAUGUAUCAUGUAGCUGAAAAAGCUGAUCAGUAGUAUGCACAAUAUGAAAACUUCUGGAGAGCAAUAAAAUAUUGGCCUGUUAAAUUAUGAUCUCUGUCCUUUGAUUAUACAGCCGAUUUGAAGAACUGAGAGUCUUUAAUACUGUUGUCCUGGUGGGUGUAUCUGGGUGCUCCAACAUGCCUGUCUUGCACUUUCUGAAAGAAAGCUGAAAAACUGAAAAAGCUCUUUGUACACUAAGAAACAUCUGACUUUUAAGUGCAAUUCUGAGUUUGGGAGUUCAUUUGGUUGGGAUAUGAGGUAAAACCUUCAUUGUAUUUUUCUUCAGGGGACUUUUCUACUGCUUUAAUUGAAACAAGUUCUGAACUUUUAAUUAAUCUUUAACAGUGUUAUUUAAAUAUAGUUACAUUUCAUAAUCUUGUAUCUUUCAUAAUCAAAUUAAUUCAGAACUUGGUAAAUGACUGCAGUGGGUGUAAGAGAAUACACUGUACAAUUCAUGUAUCAUUUUGUAAUGCCUAAGAAUAGCCCCACCAGAGACCAAAUUCCAUCUAGCCUAAUACCUUCAACAAUAGUCAAAAAAGGGAUUCUUUAAGCAUAGGGAUAGAGGAAGCACGCAGUGAUACAUCAUCCAACUUCCAACUCAGCUUCAUUGAGCUUCCAGUUUUAUAGGUCAGGGACAGCUUAUGAUAUUGUAGCUUAUUGUGUUUAAUAAUCCUCAUUGGAUUUCUUUUCUGCAGAUUCGUCUGCUCUUAAAUCCAUGUAAACUUGUGGAAUCUGUAAUCCCUCUAAGGGGAUCCCUUCCUAUGUAUUACACUCUUACGAAAAACAGUCUUUUUGUAUGUCUCAGCAAAGAAGGCCAGCAGCCUCCUGGGCUGCAUUAGAAGAGUGUUGCCAGCCAGAGGGAGGUGAUCCUUGCGUGGUACUCGGCACUGGUGAGGCCACAUCUGAAUGCUGGGUCCAGUUCUGUACUCCCCAGUACACGAGGGACAAGGACAGACAAAAUGAAUCUAGCAAAGGGUGACCGAGAUGAUUAAGGGGUUGAAGUAUAUGACAUAUGAGUAGAAACUGAGAGAGCUGGGACUGUUCAGGAGAAGGGAAGGCUCCAGGGAUCCUGUCAAUGUGUAUAAAUAUGGGGGAGGUGUGGAGAGGGCAGUGUAAAGAAGAUUGCCAGUGCUAUCAAGUGGCAGGACAAGAGGCAAUGGGCACAAAUUGAAAUACAAGAACUUCUGCUUAAACAAGAAAAACCUUUUUUCACUGUGAGGGAGAUGGAGCACUGGCUCAGGUGCUCAGGGAGAUUGUGGAGUUUCUGUCCUUGGAGAUACUCAGAACCUGACUGGACACAGUCCUUGGACAGUGGAUUUGAACUGAAUGAUACCCAGAGGUCUUUUCCUACCUCAUCAACUCCUUGUGAGUUUGUGUGCUUAGGACAGAGUCACACAAUGACUCCCUAACCAUCAGCAGUUCCACAGGAAGUUAUUGGAGGUGUCUAAAAUCUGUAGUCAUUGUUUAAUACCUCACUGUAUUCCACACAGUCAUUGUUUAAUGCCUCCCUGUAUUCCACUUGGGAUGACAUUAGAGUCAAAUGGCAGGAACAGGUUAGGUUUUUUAAUGUAGUGUAACUCUGUCGCUGGUAUGGCCACCUCUGUCUUCUGCUGACUUUGUAUCUUGUUAUUUGUAGCCCAGCAAUUUCUGCCUAUUCUCCCAUGCUGAGUUAAAUUCUUGAAGGCUAAACGUUCCAGUUGUUCCAUGUUGUGUUACUAUCUAGGCAUGUCUUUGCCCCGCUCAGUUAGGCUUUCUUUUCUGCAUCCUAAACAAAUGUAAUUGUAUGUAGUAGUGUCUUCCUGAAUGGCAUUGCCACUCAGAGGAAUUAGAAAUUCAAAUAACCUUCUAUCUUCCUUUCGUGUUUUUUUGUUGUUAUUUUCAGUGUACCAUAUGGAACAACAUUUAAGGACAGAAGCAUCAAAAUAAAACAUGGAAAGAGGUUUACUAUGGUUUUGUAGGGAUCGAUCAUAUUUUGUAGAAAAAGCCAUGCAUUUACCUGUUAUGUACAAGCUCUUUGAGUUUUCCAGAUGCAAAUGCUAAUCCUUAACGCUUUAAAUAAAUGAAUAACUAGCCAAAUGCUACACCAAAAAUAUAUUUGGUAUGUGAAUUCUCUGGUUCCAAUAAAAGGCAAGAAAAAUUUAAGUAGAUGUCAUCAGCUAUAAGACAGUUUUUCAUAGAUAGCUUAUCUUCCUUUUAUCAGAUGUGCAUCCUAUUUUAAGAGUUGAUUCACAGUAAAGUCCAAAAAGUUAAAGACUGCAAAUAGUUUGAAAAAAAAACCAAACCAGACUCUUUCAGGAGCUUAUGUUCUAAAGUGUUUUUCUGCAUGUGCUUUGAAAUCUAAGAGCAUUGGUUUAUCUUGGCAUUUUAGCAAGUUUCUUACUCCAUUCUUACAGCUGUAAUUUGUGGCCAUAGAAUUCUUCCUGAAGGAAGCCUGACUUAUCAAAACAUCUCUUUUUUGUCUUCAAAAACACUUCUGAGCUCUUACUUUAAAGAAAAGAAAAAAGAUAACAUACACUGAAUGUGAAUGAGAGAAGAGAGAUUAGAUUACUGGCAUUGCUUCAUAUUUCAGUGGGUCACUACUACUUUUAGCUGGUGCUUAGUGACUCACCUGGGUCACAGCCUUAAUGCGCUAUACAAAUGAGUAGUGAUGGUUGAGACUUGAUAAUAUUUUUUGUGUGGAACUGGGCAGCUUUUUGGGAACUGAUAAACCAACUGAACUUGCCUGGAGGUUGUUGAUAAAGUUCAGAACAUUUUCUCCUCACUAUAACAACAUAACAUUUUCAAUAUAUACAUGACUUUAACAUAACUUGUAUCCGUAAUGCUGUUUAGACAGACACCUCUCACAAAGUACUACCAAUUUAUUUUUAUAGUGGUACGGAAAGUUAUAUUAUUCUGUGAUGAUUAGAUACAAAAAACCUUGAGAACCGUGCUUCCCAGUUCAGUAACAUGCCAUAGAAGAAAUGUUCUCAGUUGCGGUACAUACCAUCAGAUACUACUAGAAUGCUUCAGCUGCACAAUUUUUUCGCUUCAGACUUACUGACAAAACAAUCUCAGAUUUUUCAGUAUCUUUUCAGAGUCAAUGUUAGUUUAAAUAAAUACGAUUUAAGAAAAAAAAAAAAAAGACGGGUGUACUAUUGAUAGCACCAGUUUGAAGAUUUCCAAACAGGCAUAAAUAUUUCAUCAGUUUUUAUGGACUGAUUAAGUCAGGAGGAACAGGGCUUGAAUGAGAAUUCAGUUACAGCAAUACUUUCUUAACCCAAAGUAUUGGGCUUCUUUCUAAUCGUAGACUGGUGAUAGAUCAUUUUAAGAUUCUAGGCAGGUGAUCUAAUAUGAAAAUGAGAUAGCAGAAUAGCAGGUAGAAGGUAUUUGGAAGCUAGGAGAUGCUUUAUUUUCAAUAAAUUUGAAUAGACUUUCUGCAAUAAUUGUAUGCAUUUUUGACUACAGUUUUGUAUUUGCGUGGAUUCUGAUCCACACCACGUUCUGCACU